CUGAUUGGCAUAGUUAAGAGUGCAAUGACCUACUGAAUCCUAUAAAAGGCCAAUGAAGCUAACUUCUAUGGGUGGUGUACUUUGGCUUUGCUCUUCUCUGAGAAAGGGUCGCUCAGCUCUGCUGUCGCCAUGUCUUUCCGACUCUCUAGUGGAUCCAGGCGGGUCUGCUCGCAAGCUGGCUCUGGUCGACUGCCUGGUGGAGGAACAGACUUCAGGGCUGGGAAUAUGUGCGGUGGGUCAGGAGCAGGAAGCAGCUUUUCUUGUACUCUUGGGAGUGUUUCUUCUGGAGGAGGUUUCUGUAAUAGUGGUGGAGGGUUGGGAAGCGGUGUCAGUACUGGGUUUCUUGGAAAUGAACAGGGCCUCCUCUCUGGGAAUGAAAAGGUGACCAUGCAGAACCUCAAUGACCGCCUGGCAUCCUACCUCGACCACGUGCAAGGUCUGGAGGAAGUAAACGCAGACCUGGAGCAGAAAAUCAAUGGCUGGUAUGAGGAAUAUGGGCCCGGUUCUUGCUGGGAACUCAAUCAUGACUAUAGUAGAUACUUGUCAGUCAUUGAAGAUCUUAAAAGGCAGAUUAUUUCUGUGACCGCCUGUAACGCCAGCGUUCUUCUACAAAAUGACAAUGCCAGACUGACCGCUGAUGACUUCAGGCUGAAAUAUGAAAAUGAGCUUGCCCUGCACCAGAGCAUUGAGGCCGGCAUCAACGGUCUUCACAGAGUCAUGGAUGAGCUGACCCUUUGUACAACCGACCUGGAGAUACAGUGUGAGACACUCAGUGAUGAACUGACCUACCUCAAAAAAAGUCACGAGGAGGAAAAGAAAGUCCUGCAGUGUGCAGGUGGGGGGAAUGUGAACGUGGAGAUGAACGCAGCCCCAGGAAUGGAUCUAACCGUUCUGUUGAACAACAUGAGGGCUGAGUACGAGGAUUUGGCUCAGCAGAACCAUAAAGACGCUGAGGCCUGGUUUAACCAGAAGAGAGCUUCGCUGCAACAGCAGAUUUCUGAUGAUGCAGGAGCAGCCACAGCAGACAGAAAUGAGCUGACGGAACUGAAACGCAGUCUGCAAACCUUGGAAAUAGAACUUCAGUCCCUCAUGGCCAUGAAACAUUCCUAUGAAUGCUCCUUGGCCGAGACCGAGGGCAAUUACUGCCUUCAGCUCCAGCAAAUCCAGGAUCAGAUUGGGACAAGGGAGGAACAACUACAACAGAUUCGAACAGAGACAGAAGGCCAGAAGCUGGAGUACGAACAGCUUCUAGAUACCAAAAUAUUUUUAGAAAAAGAAAUUGAAACUUAUUGCAAAUUAAUAGGUGGAGAAGAAAGAAAAAGCAAAUCUACAUGCAACAAAUCGAAAGGACGCAGGCCUGUAAAUUUCAAAAGUCACAUCAAAGACUCCAAAGAAGAAAUUGUUGUCAAAACAGUGGUUGAGGAACUGGAUCAACUCAGCAAUGUCCUUUCACUGAGAGUCCACUCGGUGGAAGAAAAAUCCUCUAAAAUAAGCAACAUUACAGUAGAGCAACGAGUACCUUCCAAAGCCUCAUAAGGAGAAGAAAGUUAUUUUUUGUUAAAAGUCGCCCUUUGCAAAAUCCUGUUGGCCAGAAAACCCAAGGAAAUCAUUUAUUUCUGUUCUUAAAAAGAAAAUGGCUAGAAUUUGUUUUCCUUCUCUUCUUUUUCUCCUGGUCUUUGCAUGUAAUCCUUCUCAGGAGUCGGAAAAAUCUUGAUCUGUCCCUAGUUUUUUACUUUAGGGGUUUUUUGCCAUUUCAUUAAGAAAUUUUCUAU